ACAAGCUCACUCCAGCCUUCAUUCGCUCAGUUGAAGAUAAUUCUCACACAAGCUCAAAUAAACAGCUCAAAAACCUCAAGGAUAUGUGGACCAUUCGAAAAGGACAAAAUGGUGGACUUUCACUAAGAAGACACGACUGGAAACGUAUUUUGAUUGUGUUGACUACAAUUGCCUUCAUAUGGAUUCUGCUGUCUUAUCAAUCAGUCCUGAAGAUAAAAGUUACCAAUAUUCUUGGUGACGCUGAAGGAUUUGUACAAUCAGACAUAUUUAAGAAGAUAUAUGCAGACACUCAAAAUGAAGUAGGACGAAGGAUGGAGUUACUCGGCCUACAGAAGAGGAACAAUCCUUUCCCUUCCAAGUGUGGUAUCAAUCAAUGUCCCGAUGGCUACUUCACCUUUCAUCUAAAAAGUGGUAUCGGAAAUACACUUGGACCAAGAAUUUGCUUUGAGGGCAAUAUGUUAAUGAGUGGGGUUGCCAAUAACAUUGGCAGAGGAUUGAAUAUAGCCUUGUUGAACGGUGACACUGGGGAACUCUUGACCACGUCCAGAUUUGACAUGUAUGAUGGAAAGGUGGAGCCGGUUGUAGACUUCAUAAAUGGCAUCAAACUCAACACCAUUGUUCUAAUAGUCUCUUUUGACGAACCUGCUCGCAUUCUGACGAGUCAACUUCGUGAGAUGAUUUCCGAUCUGGGAAGCACGGAGAUUCACACACUCGCUUCAAGAGAUAGCUGGGUAUUUGCAGGGGCUCGAGGAAUAAUUGGGAAAAGCCCUUUUGAGUCGGUAGCAAAGAAUAACAGGAGCACAAAUUAUUAUAGGGAGUGGCCUGCGACAGUACACACAGGAGGCUGCUUUCCAAAAAACCCUCUGAGAAAGAAAAUUGAUAAUGGUGAUGUUAACAUGAAAUUGUAGGGCAUCAGUUGAAGACAGUCUUAGGAACAACAACAACAACAACAACAACAACAACAACAACAACAACAACCACAACUGUGCCAGACCAAAGGCACAAAGAAAUGUAUAAGCGUUUAUACAUUAAUAGUAUAAACUAAUAGUGUAAUGCUGUUUUUAUAUCUCAACCUUUGGAUGACUAUAACAUCAAGGAGACGCUGAAUGAUGUUAUCUUAAAAAUGUUGUACAGUUACUAUUUAACAAGGGCAUCCAGUUAGAAUUCAAUAUCUCCCCUAUGAGUUUGUUUAGAAAAUACAAAUUGUAUUCAUUAAUUAUUUGCUUGUAUAAAAUAUAAAUAUAAAAUAUAAAAUCCUUGUGUUAAACUCACACGCAGAACAUAAUAAUUAUGCGAAUUAAAAUGAUC